UAAAAUAAAAUGCGAAAUUUUUAAACAAUAGGAUUAUAUGUGGAUAAUCUAUAUUUACACCUGCGUUAUACGAUUUUUUAUGUGCAUGUAUAAUAUCGUCGAUCAAAGAAUUGUUUUUCCGCAAGAUUUCGGAGCAAUGUUUACAACGUGGAGUGUUUACAUCAUGUUUACAUACACAAAAACGCCCGCAGCGACAUCAUGACUUCUGCUCCGAUCAGCUGUUGUGUUGCUGUUCGAACAAUGUGUUCUGCGAUAAAAUAAUUUGACUAAAUAAAAUUAAUCCAGUAAAUUGUGUUUCGUUUGCGCAUUAAAUAAAAAGCAUAUGCUAUAAUUAUUAUUACUGUAAUAAUAUAAAUAAAUUGAAAUGUGCGAGGAGGCACUUUUUGAAAUAAAUAGGUUGAAAAAGAGCUUAAAAGAAAAGGAGGAAAAACUCGCCGAAUUGCAACGCGAAAAUCAAAUUUUACAAGAAAAUGGGCUAAGCAAUGCAGAAAUUUCAAGGUACAGUAGGCAGAUUUUACUACCGGACAUUGGAGUCAAAGGCCAAGUAAAGCUAAAAAAUGCAUCUGCACUGAUUGUUGGAGCAGGAGGGCUCGGAUGCCCGUCUGCUCUGUAUUUGGCUGGUGCAGGUGUUGGACACAUCGGCAUCGUUGAUUAUGACGAUGUAGAAAUUACAAAUCUUCAUAGACAAUUACUCUUCACAAAAUUGGACAUUGAAACAUCCAAAGUUGGAGCUGUCAAAGACAAACUUGAAAGAUUGAAUGAAAACAUCAAAAUUACUCCAUACAGACUUCAAAUUAACAGCAGCAACGCUUUAGACAUCAUAAAGCAGUACGAUGUGAUUUUGGAUGCUACCGACAAUGUUGCCACUCGUUAUUUAUUAAAUGAUGCCUGUGUCAUCAGUGGUAAACCAUUGAUCUCUGGAUCGGCAUUACAAUUUGAAGGCCAACUAACUGUGUACAAUCACUCCGGGCCUUGUUAUAGAUGUAUAUUUCCAAAACCACCUCCACCAGAGGCAGUUAACAACUGCGGAGACAGUGGCGUUCUUGGAGCGGUGGUUGGAACUAUUGGAGUUAUGCAAGCACUGCAAGCAAUAAAAGUUAUCUUAGGAUUACCUGGGAUUCUUUCAGGGAGAUUAUUGAUGUUUGAUGGGAUGGAUAUGGUAUUUAAAAAUUUGAAAUUGAGAUCGAGAAAUCCUGCAUGUUCAGUAUGUGGUAGUAAUCCCACGAUAGACGCGUUGAUCGAUUAUGAAGAAUUCUGCGGAGCAAAAGCAAAUGAUAAAAAUCCAAAUUUAAAAAUAUUGGAUUCGAGCGAAAGAAUAAGUGUUUAUCAAUAUGAUGAUUUUUCUAAGCUACCUUUAAAGGAUUAUUUACUGGUGGAUGUCCGGUCUGCUGAGGAAUUUGAAAUGUGUCACUUGAGAGAUGCAAUCAAUAUUCCGUUGACAACAAUUAGCCGUGAAAGUGGUUUAAAUAACUUGAAAAAACAUAUUGAUGAUGCUGACUCAAAAUUAUCAUCGGUUUUUGUUAUAUGUCGACGCGGAAAUGAUUCCCAAAAGGCAGUGAGAUUUUUAAAGAAUCACUUUUCAGAUUUAAAUAUCGAAAUCAAGGAUAUUACUGGAGGAAUUCACGCAUGGACUUACCAUAUAGAUUCCGAAUUUCCAAUUUAUUGA